AUCAGCCGGCUGAUUCUCUCCUAAUCCACCAGCCAAACAACCCAAGCUGCCUCUCCCUCUGUUUUUCUCUCAAACCAAACAGGUCUGUUGAUUUUUCUCAGCAUCAUACCGCGAAUGGAGAACCGAGGGAGGAAGAAGAGAAGAUUACAGAGAACAAAGAGCAAUCGAGAAUGGUGUUCUUCAAGUCUCGAUGCCAACACCAUUUUCGCUCUCAUGCUCGCAGCGAUUUGUAACUCGAACGAACCCUACUCUGAGUCCGUAAUAAAGAGAUGCUUAAACUCACUGCACCUCUCUCUAAUCCCGAACUCCCAAAACGCUGCGUUUCGUCUCCACCAAACCCUACCAAUCCCCAUCCUCUCAUUGCUUCCAAUCCUUCUGAACUCCAAAUGUGAUGAAAUUGUGAGUAGGAGCACCGAGAUUGCGGGGGCGGCUUCGAUUUUUUCGUUUGAGAUGAAUGAACAGAUUGCUUUGGAUGGUGAAAUUGUGAAGGGUUUGAUAUUGGCUGUCGGAGCUUCAAAUAAGAUGGUUUCGGUGGCUGCUUGUAAUGCUGUGUUGGAUCUGAGUACCACGUCGAUUGGGCGAGAACGGCUGCUGGAGUUUUCGGCACUGGAGCAUCUUAUGUUUAAAUACCUUCAGGUUCCUGAUUCUUCAAAAAGAUUGGUCUCCAUAUGCUCCUUGGACAAGGGAGGUGAUAUCUGCCUGAGAAUAGGGGUUAAGGAAGAUGAUCUUGUAGUAUUACUUCUUAAUGCAUCAAUAACUCUCAUUAAUACCUAUGACAUUGACCAACUAGAAAACAUGCCAAGGAAGCUGUCUGAAGCUUUCUCCGUCUAUUUGAAAGAGCUUUGGGUAAAAGUACAUAAUCAAAUGUUACUUCGAAACACUGUGAAAUUUGGCCAAGAUGAGCAUUUUAAUUUAAGCAGCAUCAGAACAAAUAAUCUGGCAGAAAGCAUCUUUAGGCUCUCCAUUAAUGCUGGUCACCUUACAACACCUUUCCCAUUUGAGGUGGUUAAAAAAGGCAUCUUUGAUACAAGGGAAUCUAGUUUUGAAAAUUUCAUAUUAAACCACUGGGAGGUAUCGCCUUUACUCGUAAGGAGCCUCUCAAAGGGUUUAAAUGAGCAGGAUGAUGUUUUCAGUUCAUUUGUACAGUAUCUUAACUUAAAAAAAACUGUUUCUUCCUUUGUUUCGCCUCUCCUUCAAGGUCUGGUUUCCUGUUUGCCAAUUGAUUCAGAUGAGUUAAACAUCCUUAAUUUUCUAAAGACGGUGAGGAAUGAAUUGGGUUGUCUUAUAAUCUACGGGCAAGACAUAAGGGUUCUAAGAACGAUGGGGCAUUUGAAAGAGGAGGUGCAUUUCUUUCAGGAGAGUUCAGAGCCAUGCAUCAAGGCUCCUCAUUUUUUAUAUAUUGAUGAUAUUUUGAAAUGUGAAGAUGCAUAUAAUAAGGGUUAUACAAUUGCGUUACGUGGAAUGGAGUUCCGGUUUGAGAGUAUUGCUGCUAUUGCAGAUGGGUUAGCAUCUCUGUUUGGUCAACCAUCAGUAGGUGUCAAUUUAUAUUUGACACCUCCUGAUUCUCAGGGUUUGACUCGCCAUUAUGAUGACCACUGUGUGUUUGUAUGCCAACUUUUUGGUACUAAGCAGUGGACGAUUGUUUCUCAGCCGAUUGUUUCAUUACCUCGUCUGUAUGAACCUCUUGAUAGCUUACACAGUUCAAAGAUUGGGAAUUCAAUGGCUGGGCGCACACAGUUUUUGUUGAGGGAAGGUGAUAUUUUAUAUAUUCCAAGAGGUUUUCCUCAUGAGGCAUGUACUGUUGCUGAAAGUGGUGGCCCUGAUGAGACAACUGGGUUCUCUUUGCAUCUGACACUUGCUAUUGAGGUUGAGCCUCCAUUUGAGUGGGAGGGAUUUGCUCAUGUUGCACUCCAUUGUUGGAACCAGAGCUCGAAAUCAAUCCACUACACUUCUGUUGAUCCUUUGUCUGAAAUUCUUAGUGUUAUGUCUGUGAACUUGUUACACAUUGCGAUCAGGCUGAUUGGUGAUUCUGAUCCAACCUUUCGGAAGGCUUGCUUGGUUGCUGCAAUUACCUUGCCAUCAGAUUCCAAAUGCUGGCUUGGUUUGAACCAGAGAACCAUUUUUAUCUAUAUAAUUGAUAAGAUUUGUAGUGAAUCAGGAUUCUUGGAAGCCCUCAGGGUCGUAGAAGUUGCUAUUCAGAAAAAUGAAGAUCCCUUUCAACGGUUGAGAUGGCUCCAGCUUCUCAAUUGGGAGGCAGAAAUGAUUGAAGAGCAUGGUGGGGAUUUUCCUUCAGUAGGAUUUGAAAAGUUGAGCUCUUUAUUUAAUCAACACAGAGACAAGGCAGAAGUUGCUUUCAUGAACGUGAAGUCCAAAUUCUGUUGUGAGGUGGCAUUUGAGGAUGUAAUAGACAGCUAUGGGAUGGUGCUUGAGAAGUACAAAAAGACCAGAAAGCAAUAUAUGAAUGGGAUGCUUUCACUACACUGGAUAGACCCUGUUGUAUUCAGCAUGAUGAGAUCUGCCAUGAGUCACCCAAGGUGGCUACUCCAAAGGGGCAGCCAGUGCUGUGGCAAAGGUUGAGUUCCAUAAGAUAUUCCUCUUCAAAAAAAGCUGUGACAGGUAUGUCUAUUCUCCUUGCUGAGACCUGUAGUUCUUCAAGCUUCAUUUUUAUGUUUCUCUUAUUAUUCUUCUUGUUGCUAUUAGGUUGGGUCUAUUUCCAUCUCAUUGUUUACUUUGUAUGCCAUUACGUUAUACAAUAUGUCUCAUAAAACCAAUUAAAAAUGCAUCUACAGAAGUGGAGAAAAAGUAAACUCUCUUUUAUGAUUGUUAUUGUUGCUGGCAAAAGUUUGGGUUGUGAAGUGAAACCCAGAGAGGAAAUUAAGAUUGCCGUGAAAUUUGAAGCAAAGUAUUUCCAUCCAAAAUAUUACUAUAUGUUAUUACAUUGUUGUAUCUAUUGAUUAGAAAUACCAGACAUGUAUGAAUAAACUCUUCUGUAGGGAAGGCUUAUAAAGCAUCCUAGGGUUUGGGGUGUUUGGGAGUUGGAGUUGGAUGAGUCAUAACUCCAUGAUAA